GCAUUAGUACAUCCGGGUGCUUCCAGUGACCUUGGGUUGUUGGUGAGAAAGAAUCAUGGCGGCUCUUGUCAGGAUAAGUUCUGUUUGCUACAGAGGUGUCCGCCCUCUGUUAUUUCGCUCUUCCUCCCUCAUCAGACCUUUAGCUGUACAGAAGAAGGAUCGUGAUUGUCCAUACUUGAUAUCAGCGAAGAUACAUGCUACUCCAUCCAAUUAUGUUGACCGUACUGCCAGCCUCUCAAUGGGUCUUAACAUUCAGAUGUCCAAAUCUAUUCAUGGUUGUUUCAUUAGUCAAGGCAUUGCAUUUUAUUGUGUGUUUUUCAGGGGUCUUGGCCAGAUUGUGACAGAUUACGUUCACGGAGACUUUAAAAUCAAGAUGGCUAAUGCUGGCCUCUUCCUUCUGUCGACCGUCACCUUCGCCGGCCUGUGCUACUUCAACUACCAUGACGUGGGGAUUUGCAAAGCUGUGGCCCUCUUGUGGAGUAAAUGACUGGACUGAGAUGAGGGUGCUGUGGGAUCCGCUUUCGGCAUCAGAGUUCCAGUUUAUUGUAUAUAGUUGUGACAUUAUAUGUAAAUUCUAUGAAUAUAUAAUUUUUGCCAACAUUGUGUUGAUUUGCAGGUGUUUUUAAUUGUUAAUGAUUUCAGUUUGUUCAGAAGAUGCUCAGCUUUUGCUUAAGAUGGAAAUCUGCAUGCCGUCCACUCUCUUGUCUGGCAAAUCAGUGUUUCUGAUGCAGCUAAAGCAACAAAUUAUUGUGGCUACAAGAUGCUGGUCACUGUAUUUGAACUUGAAAAAUCAUUACACUAAUAAUACUACAUUUUUACAGGAACAUGAUCAGGUAAUAAAUGUUUUGGCUAUAUUUAUAUUGCAUAAUGUCUUUUUGUCAGCCAGUAUCUGAUGUGUUAAAACAAUAUCUUGACUCAAGUUGGUUGUCAUUAGAGCAUAUGCAGAAUUAGCUUUACACAGGUAUUUGAAAAUGUACCUUCAUAGUCCUCCAUUAAUGACCACAUCUGGAGAAUUGUCACAUUGACAGUGUUUCUGCUUCACACUUUGCAUGGCUGUAUUUCUGCUCAAGUAAGUAAUCGUUCAUGAAAGGAAAUGUGUAAUUGAAUGUGCUUUGCACUAAAAUCAAUGUAUCUACAUCUUUCAUUUUAAAUUGCUUAGAUGUACUUUAAACAGGUAAAACUGAGCUUGUGUGGGUAAUGCAAAUAGAAUCUAAAUGACAAAAUGUGUGUUUUGGGUCUAAGGGUUUCUAGAGAUAUUUUUUCCUGACUGACUUUGAUGGAAUACAUUUUGGACUGAGAUUUUGCAAGUCCUGUUAUCAUGCUCUUAUACACUUCUGAAAACGACAUCAUCGAGUCUGGCCGCACUUGUGUCUGUUUAAAGUGCUAUGGAGAUU